GUCCCCCUCAAUGUCUAUUGUGGUUACUGCCCCGUCCGCACAUAAGCAUUAAUGAACUUUAAUGAAGUUUAAGCCGUGCAAACAGAUACAGUUGAUCCACAGGUUUAGGGUUAGCUGCAACCAGAUAGGCUCCAUACAAUCGACCAAUCAACAUCACUCUAUUGAAACACAAUUGCUGGUCCCUUUAGACUCUGGCAUUAUUGCCGGGCAGCUCUGUAUAUAGCAGCUGUUUCUGGAUGUUCUCUCCCAAUGGAUAAGAGUGUUAUUAGAUUCAACCACUGUGACAAGGACAUCUUUUGUUGCUUCGUUCCAGAUCAGUGUCCCGAAUGUGGAGUUAGUUUCAGUGGAAAGAGGCUCGAGGAAGCACCGGUCAGCAUUCCCAACCCCUUUUCCAAUGGACAUAAAGUCCCAUGUGCUUUUCUGGUGGCACCAACAGAGGAUAAUGUGUUAAGAGAGUUUAAUGGCCAAUCUGAUCUACACACAGGAAUAACUAACACAGAUGGAGUGGUCUACAAUUACACCAAGACGGGUGUUCACAGAGACCAUCAGGGCUGGGAACGCUGUAUUUGCAUCCCGCUGGUUCAGCCCGACAUGUUUAAUCUGAUCAGUCAGUGGGAUCAGUAUCUGGAGAAGUUUUCUUCUGCCCAAAUGUGGGACCCUUCGUGGCAAAGCUUUAAUGAAGAAACCCACAAUUGCUACAGUUACACACUGAUGUUUUUAAACUGCGUGCUGGCCACCCAAUCAAAGCGAGCCCUGAGUAAAGAUGAAUUCACAAACACAUUUGUGCUGCCUCGGAUCAGGAGAACAACCAAAUACAUGAUGUUGUGUCGUGAGAUUUCCCAAAAUCACUUCUACAUUGUGAACAAUCCUCGGAGAAACCCGCAACAGAGUCCAUAUGAGGAAGAGGAGAACAAUUUUUAAUCCAGUUGAUAACUGAUCACGGAUCAAGGUGACAUUCGAUAGCAUGACGAUUUUAUGUUCCCGUUGCUCUGUACCGCCUUAAAUUUUAAUGCCACUUUCGUGAAGCUGUUCUGGGACGGAUUCGUUUUUGCUUCACUGAAUGAAUGAAUGUUUUAUGAGGCCUGUGUUGAGAAAACGCUUAUGGGUUUGGAUUCAUCAACUGAAAGAGGUGGAUAGUGACUUUGUUUUGUGAAGUUGGUGUUAAGCUACAGCAUUAAAUUGCAAAGCUAGGGCUUAUUGAAUAGGUGAGUUUGAACUCUGUCACCCUCUUGUGUUUGAUCGGUCUGCAUCACAAUAGACCUGUAAGCACUCAUAAAGUGAUGAACUUUAACAUACUACAAAAACAUACUGUAUACAACUCAUGCAUGUUUAUGAAAGACCAUUUAUUUUUAUUCUCAACAAGCAACCUUACAGUCUUUGGACAUUUUUAGAAAAGCAAAUAAAGGAAAAAUAAAAAACA